AUGCAGUUACGCCUGUUGGUUGUUCUUUUCGCCAUCAUCCUCGCCUUCGAGGUUUUGGCCGCGGACACCAUGGUUAGUUCUUUGAAGAAGAUUUUCUAUCAGAUGAAUAAGUCAUUCAUGAAAAUGGCAACUGUUGGAGGAGGACAUGGUCUCGGUAGAGGAGACGGCUAUGGAGGACGCGGAGGAUAUGCCAUGGCGGAAUUGAUCAUCAUGGUGGAGGAAACAUUGGUUAUCCAGGAUUGGGAGGAGGACUUGGUCAUGGUGGACAUUGGGGUGCGGGCAGGAGACAUUAUGGUGGCUUCAAAUGGGUAA